AUGGCGGCAAGAAGGGUAGUGAUGGGGAUGGUGUUGAGUUGGAUGUGGUGGGAGAGUGAGAGCUGGUGGUUCCUUGGGAGCUCCAAGAUGCUCGACCCCUGGGAGCUACAUCCCUCCUUCAACGCCACGAGAGAGAUCGCAGAAGAGAUCGAACGGCUGGUCGCCAAAGCUGAGUUGGUCGUGUCGGAGCUGUCAGACUCGAAGAUGAAACCUGUGUCGCACCAAGGAAGGUUUCUUACCUCGUAUCCCUUCCAACAGCUGAUAGGAGGAGUAAAGCAGAAAAGCAACAAAGUUGAAGCUUGGGACCUCGAAACGAAUUCCACACGAGAAAUGAGACUGUGGAAGGCGCAGAAGAACCUGAAACUGCUGAAGAAUCUGUGGAUCGAUGUUCAGAACAAGAGCAAAGUGUACGAGGGAGCAGUGACCGCGUUGAUUUCAAACAACAUCACACUUGCGGCGAUGCGAGCAAAACUGCGUGAGCGAUCGUUCAUUUCAAACUUGUCGCGGCUGGACUUAGAGCCCUUGAAAGACAUGUUGCCCAUCUCGUGGCACCAGCAGGUACUGAGGAAACGAGAAGACGCGAUCGCGUUUGUGUCGAGGUUGAACCGAGCAGAGCAUCGCUUUUUGAUGGAGCUGUUCGGAGUCGUCCAAGCUUACGUCAGCGUCCUGAAGAUGAGAACGAAUCUCAAGGAGUCUCUGAACCAAGCGAGGAACUACAGUGCUUUUCAAGAUAUCUUGUCGAGAGAGAACGAACGUCUCAAGUGCAGCAUAACACCUCCUCUUGAGAUAUACACUGAUGUUGACAUGAAAGGCAAUGACAUGAACGCUAGUGGCGAGUCAGCGUUCUUGCAGGAGCUAGAGCUAUGUAUGAAUCGAAGCAAGGACUAUCAACGGCAGAUUCGUCACCAUGAGUGGAAUGCAAGGAGGCUGGAGGGAAAAGUCCGCUAUCUUUCUCAGCAUUCGACUUCUUGGUUGGACCUCAAGAACUUGAGAACAAGAACAUGGUUUGCGAUCAAACGAGGUCUGGUGACGGUCUAUGCGCUGGUCGUUGUGGGAUGGGCGAUAGCAAUCUUCCCGAUUUUCAAGAUGCAGAUUGAGUUGAAGAGGAAAUUCUUUGAAUCGCAGUCUUCAUCGGUCUUGUUUCAAAAUCCUGUCAAGGAGUCUGCAGAGAUAGAUGCUCCUGCCGUUGAUGUUGGCGUGGAGAUAAUCUCUGCAGUCCUCGAAAAGACGACAGAGAUGGUUGGGUUGCGCGACCCCUACGUUCUUGUGCUGUAUAAUGAUCAACACAAGAAGACCCAAGUCAGAAAAUCUACAUUGCUCCCUGAAUGGAACGAAUAUCUUGAAUUCAAUGACAUCAAGGAUUUCGAUGACAUGAUUGAGAUACAAGUGAAGGAUUGGGAUAGAUUCUCCAAGGAUGAUACUCUCGGCACCAUCACUUUGCCUCUGGCUGAAAUCCUCGGACAGGUCGAACGCGGCAAGUUCUCUGCCAUAGAAGAGCACGAGAUUCUAGCGGAAGACCAGGAAAGCUCCAUUGGGAUGCUGAGAGUGAAGUGGACUUGGGACUUUAUCGCAGUGAGCGAGGGCAAGCAGGACCCCUUGGAGAAGUUCGACUGUGAGGACCCGCGUUGGUCCUUCUCCAAGGCCUGGAAGUUUGACUCGGGGUACCUCCGUCAUGAGUUUGAAUCGGCCUCAAUGCUCCUCCAACAUUACUUCCCCGCCUUGCGCUCGGCGAUGCUGACAGUUUCGCAAAAGCUGCUGACGUUUGGCAUUUCAUAUCGAGUUAUCCAUGUGUUUGUUGCCUGUAUGGCUAGCUAUAUCAGCGGGAAGCUGAGACUGGACAUGAGUUACGUUGUGCUGAUAGUCAUCUGCUUGAAGAAGUGCGAAGACUUUGUCUUGUACAUCAGUUGCAUAGAGAAGUUCGAGAAGACCAUGCAAGAUGAUCACAGGUCUUCAGACAUAUGCGUCCAUAUCGACUUGUUCACUCAGAAGUCUCCUGGCUCAACGACUUUCUUCAAGCCACAUGGAUACGAUAUCAACACUGGUCAAUUCUCGCUGCAAAUCAAGACAGUCAACAUCGGGUCUUCGGCUCCUCGGAUCAGAAACUUGAGCGCGGUAGCUCCGUCCCCCAGCAUGCUCCCCAAGUCCAAGGACCUGCUCGUGGUGACAAUCGUGCGAGGAAGGAACAUCUUGGGGAAGAGAAGCUUGAGGAACCUGCGGGGGAUGUGCGACCCGUACGUCAAGGUGAGUCUGGAUGAGUUUCGCAACGCCAGGACCAGCACCAAGAAGAACUCUGAGAACCCUGUGUGGGACGAGACGUUCAGGUUCUACAUCUCUGAAGAAGAGUCGGACAAAUGGAGCGUCUCCCUCGAGCUCUUCGACGACGACCCGGGGAACGACAAGCUGAUAGCUGACGUGGUCCUAGAGCACGACUUUGUCAAGACGUUGCAGGAGAACAGAUCGCUGCAGAAGGAGUUCAGGAUGCAGAAGGACGGCACCUUGCUCGACAUCUUGCUCACCGUGAGGUUCAAGCUGGUGGAAGGGAAGACCCACGUUCCUGCAGAGUCUUCCUGCCGACUGUAUCAGAUGAACUUCGACUGUGAAUGGGACAUGGACACGUCGGUUAAGCUGCGAGCUGCUGGGUUCCCUGUGAUUCUGCAGCUGAUAUCUGCAAAGUUCUUUGCGAGGAUAACGUUCGAAUGGCUCGACCCACAAACCAUGAUGAACAGACCUCCCAAGCACAGACGCGAGGAGCAGGAGUUCUCCAAGUUUGGCUUCUUGUUCACAGAGUACAUGCACGUUGCUGACUACCCCAACUUGUUUCGGAUGUGGAUCGACGUGCGGAGGAAGCCGAUCUUGGAGUCAAAGGUGGAAGCGUUCGGAACCAUCGACAUCUGGUCGCUGCCAGGGAUGAAGUACAUUCAGAACACCUACGUCACCGACCUCAUCUACGACUUGUUCCCUAUCAAGAUUGACAUCUCAGAUCCCAACAAGUUCCACGACAAGUCGAAGGGAGCCGUUUCGAAAGACUUAUUUGGGUACCUGAACACCAAGGAUAACGAUCAGCAGAGGUUUGCGUUCCUCAGCCUCGAGCUCAUCAGGAUUUCUCCUGUGAAGGAUCAGUCAGAGAAUUUCUUUCUCUGUGUCGUUUCUCACGGAGCUGUGGAGAUUGAUGACGAGAGUCCUGAAGAGAAUCAGCUGCAGUCGAACGCGAGUUACUUCUGCUGCAGCUCGACGCAUUCAAGCAGGAAGGGCUGGUUGCUCAGGUCCAUGCUGAUGAAUAUCCAAGAUCCUUUCAAAGAGAUGUUGAGGUUUCAAGUAUAUUCCUUGUCAGGAUAUCAGAUCGCUUUCCAUGGGAAACCAAUAUUCCAGACUAGCAUGCGCGUCAGUGAGUUUCUUGACAGACAUGUAGUGCAUCGGAACUUCAUCAGACGGCACGUCGUCGUCGAGAGUGACGGCCUCUGCCUGGAGCUGACAGCAGAAAUACGCACUGAUCUACAAGAGCGAUCAGACCGCCAGGACAUGCCCAUGGCCGUGCCAUGCAGCUCAGACAAGGAUGAUACCGACUGGCUCGUCGUCGUGCUGGAAGACCUUCAGUUUGAGGAAGAGAUGGACUUUAGCACGCUAGCAUGUACCUUCCUAGUUGAAAAUGCUUCUGGCUCUUGCAUCGCUAAGAUAGAAGACGCCCAGUGGAAUGGCGCGAAGAAAAAUCCCUUCUUGAUAUCAAUACCAUCAGACAUCCGGACUUGUAUGCUCAAGAUCAACUUCAGUAUAGACGAGAAGUACGUCCUGCAGUGCGUCAAGUUGCUCAACGAGUGGAAGUCGCAGGGCGAGGACCACGUCAUGAACAUGUCGGAGCACCUUAACGUCGCUCACAACGUCAGCAGCAGCCCAAGGGUCCGCAACAAGUCUCGAUGCGUCCUCCUCGGCCACCUCCUGUGGCACAGGAGGAUCCCUGGGGAAGCGAAGCCUUCCAUCCUCAUUCGGAAUCUCCGCGUUCUCCACCUGCCCUGGGAACGCGGGUUCCAGCCCCCGGACGCGCAAUGCAUCGUAGGGAGUUGCGUAAGAUCAGAGUGCGGAGGGAGCGGAAACGCAGACGAGGGGGAGGGGAGACAGGGAGACUAUGUCAGGAGCUCGCUCAAGCGACAGGAGCUGAGGCCGUCGUUCUCUGAGGAGUUCCGCUUCCAGCCCGAGCUGGGGCUGCUGGGCGAAGCGAGCGGAGGAGAGGUCUGCCUGCGGAUAGAGAUCUUGCAGAUCGAUACCGCCGGAGGAGAGAGAAAGGUAGGGACGAUAUGCAAGCCCCUCCGCAGCCUCUACGUCGAGAGCCUGGCCAGGGAGAAACCCGCGCGAUUCUUGCAGGAGAUGUCAAGGGGUCUGAGGCAGGAGGUAGUGGCGCACUGCAGUGAGGGGUUCACGGUGAACGGAGAGCCGUUCAGCUCAGCCGACUUUGACAUUCACUUCCAAGGUGACUGGGCCCUGAUUGUUCCAAGUGCUCUCGAGACAUUCGAAGUGUGCAUACGCCAGCAAAGUGUCGAGCUGCUCAGGGUCGAGCUGGAAACGCAACAUGCCAUAGUUGUGCAGCACGUCGACCUGGUCGGGAUAGAUUUCCAGCGCCCGUAUGUAGUAGGACUCGGCGUCUGCGUAUCGUCCCUGCAGGACCUUCCUUGUCAGACUUGGCCCAGCUGCACAGGGUACCUGACCUGCAUCUGCCAGAGGGACGCGCAGUUGGUCAAGCUGUUGAGAUUUCGUGGGUCUGCGUCAAGGGCACUGGAGAGGCAGGAGGGCAGCCAAUCAGUCAGGCAUCAGCAGGGAGGAGGAGGCAUGGAAUCACCGUUUGUACAACUGCUCAGCCAGUUGCAGGUCUCCCCGAACAGAGUGCAUGUACAAGGCGUAGUUGCAGAGAGCUCCGGCAUGCGUGGGAUACAUCCUGAUCCCAUGACUAGUCAGCAGUUGCUUCAUGCCGAGAGAGAGGACCUCAGCAAGUCCUGA